AUAUCACCAAAAAAUUCCAGAAACUGAUCAAAACUCUCUGGACGAGAUUGUUUGCCAUCUUCACUUCGAUGUGUGUGGCUCAUCGAUUUCCAUGACCACCUGUUCAUAUGUCUUUAACCCCUGCCAUUUUGGAGUCAUCCCAUGUCAAAACUCUAAAACCUCGCCUUAUACCCAACACCUAUUGAUCCCUUUUUAUCUCUUUUGCUGCUGCCUCUUUUUCAAUGGCGUCCAUGUCUAGAUUUGUGCUCAAAGAUUGCAAGUUACAGACAUGUGAAGCUUUCUACGGGCCAAGUUAUUGCUUCCAUGCCAGGAGGCUAAGACCUCGUCUGGAGCUUAGAUGUGGGAUCUUUACGCCCGUGAAUGGAACAAUAUGUGCAAUCCAAUGCAAACCAGUUGUUGCUGUUGCAGCUCCUUCCUGUUUCAUUCAAACUUCAAGGAACUCCCAAGUUUUGUGCAAGGCUGCCACAAAUGUGUCUGGAGAAGUUCCUGAUGGUAAACCUAGUGGGAUAACCCAGUACGAAAGGAUAAUUGAAACUCUUACCACUCUUUUCCCUGUGUGGGUGAUAUUGGGCACCAUUGUUGGCAUCUACAAGCCAUCUGCGGUUACAUGGUUGGAGACAGACCUCUUCACUCUUGGCCUGGGUUUCCUCAUGCUUUCAAUGGGAUUGACUUUGACAUUUGAAGAUUUCAGGCGAUGUUUAAGAAACCCAUGGACUGUGGGUGUAGGAUUUCUGGCUCAGUACUUAAUCAAACCAUUGUUAGGCUUUGUUAUUGCAAUGGGUCUAAAAUUGUCAGCACCUCUUGCAACUGGUCUUAUUUUGGUCUCAUGUUGCCCUGGAGGACAGGCAUCAAAUGUUGCUACCUAUAUAUCUAAAGGAAAUGUAGCACUUUCAGUUCUUAUGACAACGUGUUCAACAAUUGGAGCUAUCGUCAUGACACCACUCCUGACUAAGCUUCUUGCUGGUCAGCUUGUUCCUGUUGAUGCUGCGGGCCUGGCUAUUAGCACGUUUCAGGUUGUGUUAGUGCCAACUGUUGUUGGAGUGCUAUCGAAUGAAUUUUUCCCUAAGUUCACUUCAAAAAUAAUCACAGUAACGCCUUUGAUUGGAGUUCUUCUCACAACCCUACUCUGUGCAAGCCCUAUUGGACAAGUGUCAGAUGUGUUGAAAGCCCAAGGCGCACAACUGAUAAUGCCAGUGGCUCUACUCCAUGUUGCUGCAUUUGCUCUUGGUUAUUGGUUGUCAAAAACAUCAUUUGGUGAAUCCACAUCACGUACCAUAUCCAUAGAAUGUGGGAUGCAGAGCUCUGCACUUGGAUUUCUGCUUGCACAGAAACAUUUCACCAACCCUCUAGUGGCUGUGCCUUCUGCUGUUAGUGUUGUUUGCAUGGCACUUGGUGGGAGUGCUCUUGCGGUGUUUUGGAGGAACAGACCAAUUCCUGUUGAUGACAAAGAUGACUUUAGGGAAUAGUAGUGUUGCCCUUACAUUCCUGGAUCAUAGCUAGCAACGGAUGGAAACUCCAUUUUUAUUCACCUCUUUAGUUUGCACCCUUAGACUUAAAAUUUUAUUUUAUGGGUGAAUUAUAAGUUUUGGUUUCAGGUAGGUCAUAAGCAUUACAACUGAGAAUGUGAAUGCAAAUUGAAUUUCUUGUUUUACAAUGAGAAAUCAUAGGAAUUUCAAAACAAUCAAA